ACAAACGUGCCUAGUUUCGGAUGUAAACAACCAUUGGCAAUGGCAUUGCAUCAGCUGUUGAAUGUGCCACGUCAGAAAUAUCACAGCGGCCUUACGAGAGUUGGCACGUUAGUGACGGGUAAGCGCAGGGCCUGCACGGUACUACGGAUCGAACACGAAGACUUGCGCGCGGAUAGCGUUCGGAUACACUUUAAUAUGCUGCUUGCGUUACCGUGAAACUAUCAGUUCGGCUGGAAUCUUCUCUUGCUUGAUGUCGCCAAAAUGGCUCGUAAUAUCCUAACAUUAGGUGGUAUAUUUUCAAUUGCAAUCAUUAUCUUGGCUAUUAUCUACAAAAAGCGUUUGGGUAAUGAGCUGGAUUCGAGAUUGCAGGAUGUUUUAGACAGUCUUCUUCGAGCAGAGAGUAAGGUCAGCGUCCAUCCUCGCACACGGGUAGCUGUCGGCUUCAGCUUGUGUAGCGAUACCUUCGCCGAUGGCGUGGAGUUGUUUCGACAACUGGAGCAAGAAGGGCCGGAACAAAAACGACAUAUUGAUGAAAUUCGAACCUCUCAAGAUUUGGCCGAGAUCUUUGCCUAUUUCUUUUCUACUGGAGCAGCAGCAGAGAGAUACGUUCAUGGCAGGGAGUUGUUUCGGGAGAUUGUGAGGCUUUCCCAACAGCAGACUGGACAUUGGAGUGUCGUUGGUGGCAAUGCAGCGGUCAUCGCUAACAGGCUGGCAAUAGAAGGGUGUGAUGUACUGCUUGGUGGAAGGGCUACUCCCAGUACACUUCAGCAGUUUCAUGAACGUGUCAAAGUUGUCGGUGAGCCUGUAGAAGAAGAUGAUGUACAUGUUAUUUUGGAGUAUAAAACAGGAGAGAAGUUUGGCAAAUAUACGUCACCUAGGGCAAACAGGUUUAUCAUACACAGUGAUAUACACAACCCUUACUUGAGUGGAUUAGAGGAAUUUCAGGAGGAGCUGAAAGUUUUCAAGCCUCAGGUUGUAGUCCUGGGUGGUCUUCAAAUGAUGGAUAACUUUCCUUUCGCAGCAGGUGAGAGGGAGGCCAGACUUGAGAAGCAGAGAACCAUGAUCCUGGGUCUCCCUAGCUCCACCCCAGUUCACCUGGAGCUGGCCUCAUUUGCCGAGGAGGCUCUGCUCCACCAGCUCCUGGAGUACGUCAUUCCUUACAGCGACUCCUUGGGCAUGAACGAACAGGAGCUACCCAACCUCUACAGUCUCCUCAACUAUGGCAAUGUCAGUCUGGCUUCAGAUGCCUAUCCUAGAGUAGCCACAGUCCUGGACCAGAUACGGUCUGUCUACAGCAUCCUCAAGAAUAUACCGCAGAGGGAAGGACUGCGGAGGGUCACACGGCUCCACAUCCACACCCUAGCCUUCCAGGCGAUCCUGACAACCGAAGGCUCAGCAUGGAAGAACACCAUGUCAGCAACGGCAAAGGCAUCAUUGACGGCACACAGGCACGUCUGCGCCAGCUCCGAAGUCGACAUGGCCAAGUCACGGCUCAUCAUGGAUGACUCUUUUUCGGUUUCGAUGGAAGACGGUAGUCGCAAGAUCCCAUUAGACGUGGAUAAACCGGUUUCAUGUUGGAAAGAGGACGAUUACGAGAUUUGCGUUGCGCCUGUCUUGGUCUGUACGCAGGUCCACAAGACUGCAGGAGGUGGAGACAAUAUUUCAUCAGCCGGUCUGUCUGUUCAGAUAUGAGGAGAUAGUAAAUAGACACUGAGUGCAUUGAUUCAUCGGAACUCUUUUCCAAGGAAUGUCUUAAUACAUGUUCCGCUGUGUACAAAUUGGUCACAAGAGACACAUUCAAUACUUCUACAAACAUAUAUGUAGGUGAAUGAAGGUAUAACAGAUACAAAAGGUGCACAUUAAAAAAUUAAACUACCAGUGAUGGGUAAUGAAUGUCCCCUGCUGUUGUUGGUUGUUGGAAAUGUACUCUCAAAGAUAUGUUGACAACUCAGUUGCUGAAGCUUUAGGAAAUAUUAUGCCAAGGAUCAUUGUACUAUGUUUAUGAUACAGUUUUGGGCUUGAGCAGUAAUAAUGUCCAAUUAUACAUGUAUUACAUUCAAGCUGUAGUACACUGGAAAUGAAGGAUGUAUCAUAUUUUCAAAGUUUAAAAGCAGACAUAAACAGAACAGCUAUAAGAUCCUGGUUUGCUGCCUGAGUAUAUGCAUACCGUACAUUUAAUAUCUUCUAUUUUUCCUAAACUGCAUUUUUUCUUUUCGUCUGUCAAAAUCUUCAUUAAAUCAGUACUUGAUGAUAUUUGCAUGCACAACAAAGUUGUUUCUAUGUAAUCAUUAAUCAUCAUAUUUUUGUGUGUGCUUAUUUUACAUGUGAAAGCCUGUGGAAGAAUGGUACGCCUAUGAUUAGUCAAAAUAUUUUAAUUUAUGAACUUUAUCUUUGUAAAUUGCCUUAAUCUUGUGCAUUCAAAAUAAAAUAUCUAAUCUGAGAUUUGGACCAAGUUGAAUCAUUAUUGAAAACUUUUUUUAUAUUCAAAGUACUUAAAGUUCAUGUGAUUUGUUUUUAAAAAUAUGUUUGGAUUUUCAUCAUAUAUUUUUUUUAUUGAGUUUUCCCCAAUUUGCCUAACUAAUUGGUAGGCAUUUCUGAUUUUUUUUUCAAAGAGCAAAAUUACGUAGUAAAAAAAUCUACAUGUACUGAAAUCUAUGAAAUAUGAAGCGUUAUGCAGUUAUUUAUGGUGAAGUUUUUUCAAGAAAGAGUAAUCAUUAAAUUUCUUCAUCAUGCCAAAAUCUCAGAUGCAGACAAUCGAGACCACAUUCUAAAAAAAAAAAAUUGCAUAUGAAAAGUACUAAUAGUCUUACACAUAUAACAGUGUGAGCAAUAUUAAGAUUUUCCAUUACCGGUAAUGGUCUUUUAUUUAUGAUGUCGAGUAUAUUCUAAAUGAAGUUUUACAUGAAGUGCAAUUACGACAUUAAUACUCUUAGAACAUCAGUUAGUUAGCACAGCUCAACUACCUAAUGGUUAAAGGUCGAUUCCUUUAUCAUGUCGAUAAAAUCAGAUUACACCAGUUAUUGCUCUGUGCAUUUAGCGAGAUGUAGACUACCAUGUUUUCUCAUAAUUAUAUUUAGGAAGGGGAAUGUGUUAAGUUUUAAAAUAAGUUUUGAUGUGAAUAAAUUGUGUGCCUGACUUUGUUUUCCUUCUGCAUUAUAGAUAAUGUCAACCAUAAGGAGAAAAAGAUUAAGAAAGGGAACAAGGCUUUAGAUUACGACAAACUUCCUUUGGUCCGUGAUGGGGAUUAUUUUAUCUUGAAAUGUAAAUGAUUUUUAUAAUGCUCUUGUCAUGCUGUUUAGCAUAUUCAAGGAAACUUGGUAUGUGCAUGUAUACGAAAGUGCUUCUUAAGUUUAUUAUCACACUUAUUUCAAUUUGUUGUCAUAACAUGUGCUUUGUGUAUGAAGCUGUUUACAAGCCUAAUUUAGAAAUACCGGUAUAUCUUACACAUGUGUUCAUCGUUCAAUUUUUUAAUUUUUUAAAUGAUCACCAUACAUGUAGGUUUCUACAUACCGGUACACAUCUAUGUUAAUGUAUUAGACAUAUCAGUGAAAGUAACAAUUAUUCUGAAUUUGCUUUUCUCUUUAAAAGGUAUUUCACAAAUUUGGGAGUAAUAAUAAUGAUAUGUAUUCAUAUUGCGGCUCCCUUCAAUAUAUCAUGUAUCAUAAAGCUGAGAAAGAGUCAUCUAGAAACUUCUCUGAGUGCAGAUUUUUUCUUUCAUCUAUGAAUUUCUUCAACCAAAAUUGAAUGUCUACUUAAAAACCCUAAACGGCUUUCCCAUUUUGUUUUGUAAAAGCAAGUAAAAUUGGAUUCAUCCCCUUAUUGUUAAAACCUCACCUUCAUUCCCUGUUUUUUAAAAACAACGCAUUUUUAUUAAAGCUGAAAAAAUUAAUUGGAACUGUCAAUGAUGGAUCUGUAAACAAGGUGACAAUGCACCAUAUGUUGAUAAAAAUCAAUAUCAAGUUUCCAUCAUCAGGUGUCAUCAUCAUAUGUUGUCUCUUGAAAGAUAUAGCUGGGUCGGGUAUUCUAUGUGUAAAUUAAACCUGGUUUGCAGGGAAAGGAGGUAUAUGCUUUCAUAUACGUGUAAUGUUACAGUGGCCUGCCACUUCGACAUAAAUCAAAAUCGGGUGCAGUUGUAGACGAAGAGGGAUUUUUUUUUACAUGGUCGGAGGUGGUGGCUUUGGGGCUCUUGCUGUCAUUUCCUACAUGUGCCUCGCAUUAAUUUGUUUACAAGCAGAAACAUUAGGAGGCUUGAGCCCAUGCACCAGGCUUCCCUGUAGAAAUGCUACUGAUCAAACAGCUCUCUGCACUGAUGUACUUUGAUCAAUAUCUGCUCCAAGGGAACAGAAUGAAGUCUUUUGAGUUACAUUAUUUUAAUUUUGCACCAACUUUAUUAUUGAAAAAAAAAAUUAAUGUAUCUUUUUCUUUGAAAGAUUAUUGGAUUUGUGCCAUGUUUAAAUAUAGUCUAUAGUGAUAUAGUGCUUUUUAAAUAUAUCCAAUAUAGACUGGUUUUGGGGGAUUAAUGGGUUUUAAAAUUAAAAGCUUUUCUACAUUAAAGAAAAUCAGUAUAAUAUGUACCAUCUGAUUAUUCACUUGGGAGAUAAAAAUGUAUAGUAUAUCAGAGUUGAAUGAUGUUUAUUUAAAGGUGGGUUGCAAAAUAAGCAGGUAUAUAUAAAUGCAUUCAUACCAUCUGUAAAGACUAGUGUAAAGACUAUAGUAGCCUGCUACUUUGACAUAAAUCAAAAUGCUUUCUGCACUGAUGCAUUUUAUCAAUAUAUGCCUCAGGGGUAUGAUGUGAAAUUCAUAAUAAAGAAAAUGAAUUGUGAGACAGAACAAACAAGGCCCAUAUUGCUUGCUUUUGCUAGGUCGCACAAGCAGAACUUAGGAAUAGGGGAAUAUGAUGGUACGUCAUUGUGUAUACAAGCCUUCAAUUUACGUUAUGCAUGACUGCAUGAGAAGGGCUGCAUUCGAAUAAUGAUAUGGAGAAAAUGCAUAUAUUUGCUAAGGAAAAAUAAAAAAUUGACUUUGUUGUACCUGCAACUUUGAGAUAUACAUUCUA